GAGACAUGGCAGAGGACUCCAAAUACCUUUUCAAGACCCACAUGUGUCCAGAGUGCAAGCGGUGUUUCAAGAAGCGGACUCACCUGGUGGAACACCUUCACCUGCAUUUUCCGGACCCCAGACUGCAGUGCCCAAACUGUCAGAAAUUCUUCACCAGCAAGAGCAAGCUGAAGAUCCACAUGAUGCGCGAGACUGGGGAGAAGGCUCAUCGCUGCCCGCUUUGCCACUACAGCUCCGUGGAGAAGAAUGCCCUCAACAGGCAUAUGGCCAGCAUGCAUGAGGACAUUUCCAACUUCUACUCAGAUGUCUACUCCUGCCCCGUGUGCAAGGAGAAGUUCAAACUCAGCCACGCCCUCAAGGAACAUCUGAAGACUCACAAAGCAGAACCCAAGCAACUGAGCUGCUUCCAGGCAGGUUGUAGCUAUUGCACCGAAGAUCGCAAGGAAUUCCUGCGUCAUGUCCGGGAAGUGCAUGGCAUUAAAGCGGUGGAGUGCAAAUAUUAUGCCUGCUCCAUGCUUUUUCCAUCUGCAGAGGUCAUGGAGGUACAUCGCAAAACACACUAUGCCUUCCACUGCCAACAGUGUGAUUUCAUCUGCUCCAACAAGCAUACCUUCCGCAAACAUAAGAAGCAAGGCCACCCAGGAAGCGAAGAGCUCCAGUGCAGCUUCUGCCCCUUUGCCACAUUCAACUCUGUGGAAUUCCACGACCAUGUGGGCAAGAUGCAUGCUAGUGAGAAGAUACACAAGUGCACUGAAUGCAACUUCGCCACUGCGCACAAGAGGGUUCUCAUCCGCCACAUGCUGCUCCAUACAGGAGAGAAGCCUCACAAAUGUGAACUGUGCGACUUCACUUGCCGAGAUGUGAGCUACCUUUCAAAGCAUAUGCUGACCCAUUCUGAUGAUAAGAACUACAUGUGCACUGAAUGUGGCUAUGUGACAAAGUGGAAGCACUACCUGAAUGUUCACAUGCGCAAGCACACAGGAGAUCUCAGGUACCAGUGUAACCAGUGUUCCUACCGCUGCCAUCGAGCUGACCAGUUGAGCAGCCACAAGUUGCGCCACCAAGGCAAGUCCUUGAUCUGCGAGGUGUGUGGCUUCGCGUGCAAGCGCAAGUACGAGCUGCAGAAGCACAUGCAGGCCAAGCACUCUCAGGACUACAAGAUGCCCAUCUUCCAGUGCCAGUAUUGCAGCUACCAAACCAAGUACAAGCAAGCACUGCUCAACCAUGAGAACUGCAAGCACACCAAGCAGAAGGAGUUCCGCUGUGCGCUCUGCCCUUACCGCACGUUCAGCAACACUAGCCUCUUCUUCCAUAAGCGCAAGGUCCAUGGGUAUGUGCCGGGGGACAAGGGCUGGCAGGAGAAUUAUGCCAGUAAAGAGAUGGAAGUCAGCUCCACUGAGGCUGUGAUCGGUUAUAACCUCGCCAUGACGCUGCGUUCCCAGUCCAGCCCUUCCGUGCGGGGAAAAGAGCCGUGGCAUGACCAAGCAAAACCCCUCCUUCCAGAAGCUCAGGAAGAGUGCCAGCCUCAACAGUCUUUCAUCAUGCCAGUCUUUGGGAACGGAAGCAACACUGAGACAGCGGUGGAAGAAGCCGUUGGACGGCAAGACCAUGACAAGGCAGAUAUGGUUCCUCCAGGAGAACUCAUUGAGAAAGCAUCUUCUGUGCCUGCCAGAGAACCAAGCGAUGUUAGCAGCUUGCUGGAUCAAAGUUGCACGCUGCACUUGGAGCCCUUGUGCAGUUCGGAACAGACUCUGGAGCAGCUGGCCAAGGAGAUGUCCCCUGCUCUGCCAGAGAAGCAGGAGACUCUGGACUGUGGGGCAAUGGACUCAGCCUAUGAAGCAUUAGGCCCCAGAGAUGCCCUUCUAUUGGAGGAGAGUGAGCCUGCCCUUGAAGAUAUACCUGACUUUGAGGAGGAGACAGAAGUCCAGGGGGAUGGAGGGUUGGAGCAGGGGAAAGAUGCUGGUUCUGGGGCUGGUGAGAGCAGUGAAAAGGACACUCAGCAAGAUCUUGGGGGAAAGGAAGAGGACAGGCAGGGGUCUGAACUGCUGCAAGUACCAUCCAAUCCUAGAGACAGGGGACUUAGGCCCAGAAACAUCUUUGAGAGUCAAGACUCCCUCAAGCCCUGAUGCACCGCCACCGCUGAUUUUUACCUGGCACCAGGAGGUGCUCUCCUCCAUUCGGAAGAUGUUUCCCAAUCAGAGUCGCUGCUUAAAGCUCUGAGGAGGCAGGACAAAGAACAGGCGGAAACCUUGGUUCUGGAAGGGAGGGUGCAGAUGUUGGUGGUCCAGUCUGAAAGCUUGGUGUUCAGGUGUGAGAAGUGCUCUUACAUCACCAGAAAGGAGAAGUCCAUGUUAGCGCACUGCAAAGCAGGCUGCCAAGGCAGAAAGUGCCCUCUGGUGUGCCAAGAGUGUGGAGCCAUCUUCAAGCAGCAAAGAGGGUUAAACACUCAUCUCUUUAAGAAAUGUCCAGUCCUCAUGAAAAAGAACAGUGGGAAAUUAGUCUGCAUGGAUCAGUCUGUCGCUGGACAUCCCAUCGAGAGGGGUCUGGAAAUGGGGGAGGCGACAAAAAACGAUCCAGGGCCCUUAAAUGAGCUACAGGUGAGCAAACCGCAAGAGGGGUCUGGGGAAAUAGGACCCGAUGAUACGGGCUGCCUGGCCACUGUGCGUCCCGACAGACAGAAUUUGGCUGUUGAUCAGCCAUCUCAGGAUGUCCUUGCAAGGGUGGUAGAAGAAAAACUGUCACAGGCUAUCACAGAUACAGCCACCCCUCGUUCAGAAAAAUACUACUGGGAGCGGGGCAAGUUCCACUGUAAAUCGUGUUUGUUCAUCUGUUCACGAGUGUCCACCAUCCGUUCCCACGUGCAGGAAGGCUGCCGUGGGCUGGAGAAGUUCUGGUGCCCUGCAUGCUCUAAGCCUUUCCGCUCCAAAAGGGCCCUGAAGAUCCACCAGUCAGAGCAGCAUGUUGAAGUACAGCCCACUAAGUUGCUGGAAGGGAUCAAUGGCACCAUUCCCCAAGAAGAAGGAGAGGAGCAUGAGAAUGGGCAGGCUGACCAUGAAGAGAUAGGCCAGCCUGAUGAGUCAGCAUCAGCGACCUCUCCCCAUCCAGACGCUCAGUACAAGAGGCGGAGAUUUUCUUGCCCUACCUGCCCUUUCACAUGCCAUCAGGAGCGGGCCCUGAAGACUCACAAGAAGCGGGGGUGCCUGAAGUUGGGCGAGUUCCGCUGUACACUGUGCUCCUUCACUUCCAAGGCUGCUGCAGCCCUGAAAAUACACCGCAAGCUCCACCGGAAGUACUACAGCACACGGCCCCAGCUGGCCUGCCGCCAGUGUGACUUCACUUGCAAACAAGCACGCUGUCUGCGUCAGCACGUGCGCAUCAAGCACGAAGGCGUGAAGCCUCACAAGUGCCCUUACUGUGAGUUCAGCACUACCCGGCGCUACCGCCUGGAUGCCCACCAGUCCUUGCACACCGGGGUAGGCCGCAUUGCCUGCCCCACUUGCGGGCAGACCUUUGGCACCAACUCCAAACUGCGCAUUCACCGCUUGCGUGUCCAUGAGAAGAAGCCCACUCACUUCUGUCCACUCUGUGACUACAGCGGCUAUAUUCAGAAUGACAUCACCCGCCACGUCAACAGCUGCCACCAAGGGGAGCUGAACUUUGCCUGCUUGCGCUGCGAAGCCCGUUUCAGUUCUGAAACCGCCCUCAAGCAGCAUGCUCUGCGGCAGCAUGAGGAGAAAGUCUCCUACUGUUGUCCACACUGUGCCUUUGUUUGCCACAGUGAGGCCACCCUCAAGUGCCACGUCCAGAAGCAGCACCCUCACCUGCAGUGUGCUACCUGUAGGGAGACUCUGGCUACCCGCGAGGAGCUGGAGGAACAUAAGAAACUGCACUUCAGCCACCGCUGUGACUGCUGCAGCUUUGCAGCCAAAGAGCGGCAGCAGCUAGUGAACCACUACUUGGAGACCCACGAGCCCUCUGCCGCGGAGGAAAGGCCGCUCAAAUGCUCCUUCUGUGACUUUGCUUGCCAACACCAGUUGGUCUUUGACCACCACAUGAAGGGUCAUGGCGGCACCCGUGUUUACAAGUGCUCCGACUGCGAGUACACCACAAAGAACAAACAAAAGAUCACGUGGCACAUCCGUAUUCAUACUGGGGAGAAGCCUUAUAAGUGCCACUUGUGUCAGUAUGCCUGUGCUGACCCUUCACGCCUCAAGUAUCACAUGCGCAUCCACAAGGAAGAGAGGAAGUACCUUUGCCCAGAGUGCGGCUACAAGUGCAAGUGGGUGAAUCAACUGAAGUACCACAUGACAAAGCACACGGGAAUCAAGCCAUACCAGUGUGAUGAGUGCAAGUAUUGUACCAACCGAGCUGAUGCCCUACGCAUCCACAAGGAGACCCGGCACCGUGAGGCCCGUUCUUUCAUCUGUGAGCAGUGUGGGAAGGCCUUCAAGACCCGUUUCCUCCUGAGGACUCACCUGAAGAAACACAGUGAGGAGAAGCCAUACGUCUGCAAUGUGUGCUACCGGGGCUUUCGGUGGGCGGCUGGCUUGCGGCACCAUUACCUCACCCACACCAACGAGCACCCUUUCUUCUGCCGCUACUGCAGCUACAAGGCCAAGCAAAAGUUCCAAGUGAUCAAGCAUCUGCAGAGGCACCAUCGUGAACAGGGUGGGACCGAGGGGGACCUCAGCAAAGGGGUGGGCAAAGACCCUAGCACUCUCACUGUUCAUCUGCAUGAUGCUCAGCUGGAAAUUUCUCCCUCCAAGCACUCAGGGGAAGGAGAAGCUCAGGGAUUUCUGCACAGUUAAUUGCAGGCAGCCAGAUGGACGUAGAAGUCGGGACUGUUCUGCUGUACUCUCCUUGAGCCACAAGAAGGCAGAAGCAUAGUGCUGGCCGCACAGGGAGCCACAUCCAAGCCAUUUCAAGCCUAGUAAGGCGAAUGCAGGCCAUUCUGAGUCAAAUGUAUGCACUUCUGUAUGUUCAUAGGCAUAUCUGUAUAUCUGAUGUAAAAGAUGUUACUGUAUAAAAGGGAUCCUCAGCAUUGUUUA